AUGGAGCAAAUUAUCGCAAAUGAUGGAGCAGAGGAAGCAACAACAAACACAAUCAUGUUCCCUUCCCUUGAAUCCAUAAUUCUUGAGUCAUGUUCAAACUUAAGAAGUUUUUAUUUGGGGCAUGAUACAGUGGAAUAUCCAUGUUUGACAGAACUUACAGUAGAAGAUUGUCCAAAGAUGGUUGCAUUCGCAACUUCGUCUCCAAGAGCGCAGAAUAUAAAGACUAAUGGUAUUGCACCAUUUUUCAGUGAUAAGGUGGUAUUCCCUAACUUAACAAAAUUGGUAAUCGUUGGCAGUGGAUAUUGGACAACGAUAUGGGAUAAUAAACUCACAUUUAGUUCAUUUUCUGAACUUACUUUCCUUAGAGUGAAAAAUUGUGAAAGUCUUCUGAAUAUUUUUCCAUUUCACAUGAUGAAAAGACUUGACAAACUUGAAUAUCUUGAAAUAGUGAAGUGUGAAUCUUUGGUAGAAGUAAUUGGACUUGAUUAUGGGCUCAAUUCCACUGAAUCAACCACUAUGUUUAUAUUUCCUAAAAUAAGAGACUUGUUACUUCAUUGGCUACCCAAAUUGAAGAAUUUCUACUCCAGGUUGCAUACUACAAGCUGGCCGUCCUUAAAACAAUUGCAGGUAAUAGGAUGCGACAAUGUGGAGAUAUUAGCUCGGGAGUAUUUGAGCUUUUCAGAAACACUCGGAGAGAGCCAACUGGAAAUUAUCUCUUUUCAACAACCCUUGUUUUGGGUUACUGAGGAUACGUUUCCCAAUUUAGAAAAGUUAUUUUUGGAAGCGAAUGAUAUUAUGACGGAGAUAUGGCAUGGACAACUUCCAACCCAACAUUUUUGCAAACUAACAUAUCUUUCGCUCCAAAGAAUUCCGAACAGAUUAGUUACUAUCCUAAACAGUUUCAUUCAGUCAUUGCCAAAUCUUGAAACACUUAAAGUGGAAGAAGCUCCCUUGAAUGAAAUAUUUCAAUGCGAAGGACUUGGGGGUGAGGAGGAACAUCCUGGAGCACUUGUUCGGUUGACUGAAUUAUUCCUGAUAGAACUUCCUGAGUUGACACAUCUCUGGAAGGAAGAAUACCAAGUUGGAGAAGUUUUCAGUAACCUGGAAACUCUAAAAGUGUGGAAAUGUGACAAAUUGAAGACUUUAGUGCCGUCUUCUGUGUACUUUAAACAUUUGACAAAUCUGCAAGUGUCAAAUUGUCACGGGCUUAAAAAUUUAUUAACACUCCCAACGGCAAAAAGCUUGGUGGUACUCACAGAAAUGAGUAUUACUGAUUGCCAAAUGAUAGAAGAAAUCAUAGCUCGUGGAAGUGAUGAUGUGAUGGAUGGCAUCGUGUUCUCCCAACUGAAGUCUUUGGAACUUCGUUGUCUUCCGAGCCUAUCAAGCUUCUGCUCAGGGAAUUGUGCCUUUGGAUUCCCUUCCUUGGAAGAGUUAAUAAUGGGACAGUGUCCAAAGAUGGAAAUUUUCACUACGGGAGAGUUGAGCACACCAAUGCUGCAGGGAAUACAAUCAACUGAAGGUGAAUAUGUAGGGCAUUGGGAAGGGAACCUCAAUGCCAUUGUUCAACAGUUGUUUACAGAAAAGCAAGAUUUACACCAGACAUUUAUGCAGACCUAUCAACAAGUUUUUCCAAGCUUGGAGGAUUUGGAACGGUCAUCAAUCAACAUUCAGAGAAUCUGGCAUAAAAAAUUUCUGGCAACAGCUUCUUGUGCCCAAUAUUUAACAUGCUUGACUAUCGAGGGCUGUCACAAUUUAAACUGUCUAUUUUCGUCCUCAAUGAUGGAAAGUUUUGCACAACUCAAGAUUCUUAACAUUGAGAAUUGUGAGAAUGUAGAAAAAGUAAUCUUGAUAGAGGGAUUAGCGAAAGAAGAACUGAUGAGCCAAAAGUUGUUCGGUAAACUAGAAUUCCUAUUGCUCAAAUACCUUCCCAAACUGACGAGAUUCUGCCAUGGAAGUUACCUUGAUUUCCCCUCCUUGAGAACUGUUAGGAUAGAGAGUUGUCUUACAUUAGAUACGUUCGUCUCUGAUGCAGAAGGAAACAACUCAGAGAUUGCCUCUCCGACUCUUUUCAAUGAAAAGGUGGCAUUCCCUUGCUUAAAGGAAUUGAGCAUCAUAGGUGUGGGAAACUGGAGAAAGAUCUGGCAUAACGAGGCAACCAACUCCGGGGGGUUCAUUUUGCAAAUCACUAAAUCUUCUAUAGGUGUUUGAUUGUAAAAGACUUGAAUACUUUUUUUCAUUUAAAUUUGUGAGAUACUUGAGGCUUAGUCAUGUUCCUUCAGUUGAAGUGAGAAAGCAGAUGGUUAAAAUCCACACAGCUCAGAAAUGAAUUUUGAUGCAUACAUAUGUUAGGAUCUACCCUGAAUCACCUGUGAGGAGUUUAAGCCAGUCAAAGAGUACUUAGCUACCUUGUUUAAACAUAGCGGCUAUGGCAUUCCAUGACUACUUAUAACCAGGGCGAUACCUUGAUAAGCUUUCACCUCCAUCGAACAGGUGCACCAAAUGCACUUGCUUUACAGAGUAAAAUAUCGUAAUUAUGCCUUUGGAUUCCAUUCCUUGGAAGAGGUUAUUGAGAGAAACUGUCCAAAGAUGAAAAUUUUCUGCAGAGGAGAGUUACCUUCAAGUUUGCUGAAAGCGAAAUUUGCUGAAGAAAAAGAUCGUUGGGACGGUAAUCUAAACACCACCAUGGAACAAAUUUUCAUAGAAAUGAAUGUCCAGAAUUUAUAGCGGAGGAAGGUUGUCGGACACAUUUUCAAGCUGAAUAAAAACAAUAUUUUCUAUGUUUUUGAGAGAAGUGCUUCACCUCAUUUUCUUUUAAGAAUUAAAGGAUGAAUAGGGAACUCCUCUUCUCUGCCACAAACCCUGUCAAAGCUGCCAUGUUCCUAUCUCACUACCCACCGAUGUUUGUUUUUAAAUUUUUGCUAUUUUCGAGUGAUUUGGAUUGUUUGUGUUGAUUUCUAGGUACCUUAACAUUAGUUUGGAUUUUGAUCUUCUUAAGGAUCUCUUUUACGACUAUGUAUAUGGAGGGAUCUCUUUUACGACUAUGUAUAUGGAGACACCUUGCAUUUAUUUAACUGUAAAUUCUAUCA